CAAAGUACCAGCCUCGAUGAGUGCUGUAAUAUGUAAAUACACCUUGAACUUGACGGCGGCGGCAUCACGUCAAAUGUAAAACAACCGCCAAUGCCUUUGCGAAUAACCCAACUUGUCGUAUCCAUCUGUGUCAUUUUCCUUUCCGUAGCUGCAUAUUACCUCGUCAACCUCGAUACCCUGGCCACGACAACGGCCGCACCGCCAACGCAACCACCCCCCGAACCCGUUGCAAUGUCCCGCCGCGCAACAACAGGCGCCAUCGUCGCGCUCUCGCACGGCGGCGGUCCCCUCCCGCUGCUCAACGACCCCAGGUCGGCCGCCAUGACCGCCUCCCUGCGCACGCGGGUCCCGUCCAUCCUGAACCUGACCUCGCCGGACCCCGCGCAGAGGCCCAGGGCCAUAAUCCUCGUGACGGCCCACUGGGUGGCAAAAUCCCCGCUCUCCUUCCCCGAGGUCACCUCGUCGGCCCGCCCGGAGCUCAUCUACGACUACUACGGCUUCCCUGCCGAGAGCUACCAGUUCAAGUACCCCGCGCCGGGAGCUCCCGACCUCGCCGCGCGCUUCGCCGCCGUCGCUGCCGACCACGGCCUGUCGCCGCGCCUGCACCCGGACCGCGGCUGGGACCACGGCGUGUUUGUGCCGCUGCUGCUGGCGCGGCCCGAGGCCGACGUGCCGGUGCUGCAGGUGUCGGUGCUGGGGUCCGACGACGCCCGCGCCCACUUCCGCCUCGGCCGCGCGCUGGGCGACCUGCAGCGCCGCGAGGCCGAGGCCGGCAACGGGCCCGUCGCCAUCGUCGGCUCCGGCUUCGCUUCCUUCCACAACCUGCGCAUCAUGCUCUCGGGCGACGGCACCAUCGAAUCCGACGCCUUUAGGACCGGCCACGACGCCUGGAACGCCGCCGUCACCGACGCCGCCACCACCAAGGACGUCCAGGCCAGGGAGGACAAGUUCGCCGCCUGGAGGAGCUGGCCCGACGCCUACGUCAGCCACCCGCCUCGUGGGUCGGAGCACUUCAUGCCGCUGGCCGUUUGUGCUGGUGCCGCUGGUGAAGAGGAGGCUAAAUUUUAUGUCGACGAUUAUGUGGGCUUGAAAAUUCAUUCGUACUAUUGGGACUGAGCUCAUACGUUUCCCGUGGUGAUAUUAGUAAAAUGGGCCACGGAGAAGGUGCAUGUGGAGGCGUUAUCCAGAGUCAUUAUUGGUGCAUUGCAAGAAUGAGAAACUUGGGUUACUAUUUGAAUUAAUCGCCUUCUGCGACAGUCUGAACGAGCUUUGCAAGUUCGGGCAUGCACUUGAAACUGUGGCCAAGCACUGCACCUGAAAUCUGAGGUAUGCUUGCCGAAGCACCAAGUGCAUCAUCCUUGUAAAUUGCAGCUGGUCGUCAAAAUGACUGCAUGUUCGAACAUGUAGAUAAUCAUCUAGCGUAUUCUCUUAGCGCUGUGGGAAUGCAAUCCGGUCCGUCCGUAUACACCCCCAGGAUCCCUCGCCGCACCGAAUGCAGAACAUAAAAAAGAAGAAAAGUACAAGGGCUAAAGAAUUUGCUGUUUCCAUCAUAAAAUGCCAG